UCCUAAUCACGGUAACUAUCUUGGAUAUAUUUGUUCCCUGGUGAAACUAUGGAAACACUUGGAGUGCAAGCCUACUGCAUUAUAUACGAUAAGUCUAUUCUUUUGACAGUAGAACUACUAACUGCUUUUUUGCUUUAACGUUUUCCGAUAACCCACCAGUCUACCCAAUUGGGCUUGCAAAGCAGUGCUUCUUAUCCUGUAUAAAAGUACUGUUCAUUGUUCAUCUCUGAGGUGAUGGUACGUCUCAUCAGACCGGCUGUGAGUGCGAAAAUUAACCCGUUGUAAACGUACGACUGCGUGUGUACCAAAGGCAUCGCCUACGGCCUAGUAGCAACUUCUUUCCAUUAAAUGAUACAGUUCCAAUCCACUUUCUAGUAUUUACUUCUACUUGUUCAAUGCACUUAGGACCAGAAGUUGUCUGUUGCUGGCCUCAGUCGUGCUACAGUUAUUCGAAUUGCGUCUUCCGCGUUGAUGGAAACGAAUAAGAGGCAGACGGAGGAAAUCAGCUCACCGGAAACGUCGGUCAAUCGGCCAAUGUGUACAAAAGAGCUGGAAAGCGAGGAGUCGAAGAAAGUUUGUGGUCAACAGCACUACACCGCACACCUUCCAGGAUAUGAACUUGCUCGUCAACGCCUGAGGAGGAAGAAGCAGAUAUUUAAACAAAGGAUGGAACUUGAAAGGGAACAUUUUAUCGCCUCACAACCAACCGCCAUGCAAUCUUUAAGGCUUAGGACUAUAUCCCAGGCUGGGAAUGAAAGCAUAUGUGAACGCAUUCGACCUCCAAACCAACUAUGUCCACGUGUGCAGCAAUUGAUCUCAGAAAGAUUUUCAACAUGA